AGCCGGCCGAGAGUUCCACCAGCGGUACCGGAGCCUGCGGUUGCGCCCGAGGCGCUGCCCCCGCUGCCACCCCUCACGAUGGGCCCGGGUCCCCGGCUGCUGCUACCUCUGGUGCUUUGCGUGGGGCUCAGCGCUCUCGUACCUCCUGCGGGAGCGUCAGGCGUCCGCAAGCGAGGCCCCUCGGUGACGGCCAAGGUCUUCUUUGAUGUGAGGAUUGGAGAUAAAGAUGUUGGCAGAAUUGUGAUUGGCCUCUUUGGAAAAGUUGUGCCCAAGACUGUGGAAAAUUUUAUCGCUCUGGCAACAGGAGAGAAAGGAUAUGGAUAUAGAGGAAGCAAAUUUCAUCGCGUCAUCAAAGAUUUCAUGAUUCAAGGAGGAGACUUCACCAGUGGAGAUGGCACUGGCGGUAUAAGCAUUUAUGGUGAGACAUUUCCAGAUGAGAACUUCAAACUGAAGCAUUAUGGCAUUGGGUGGGUCAGCAUGGCCAAUGCUGGGCCUGACACCAAUGGCUCUCAGUUCUUUAUCACCUUGACCAAGCCCACCUGGUUGGAUGGCAAACAUGUGGUAUUUGGAAAAGUCAUUGAUGGAAUGACAGUGGUCCACUCCAUAGAACUGCAGGCAACUGAUGGGCAUGACCGUCCACUCACCAACUGCUCCAUCAUCAACAGUGGCAAGAUAGAUGUGAAAACGCCCUUUGUGGUAGAGGUCGCUGACUGGUGAUACAAUGGGCAGAAAACAAAGAAGAACACACUCUGCCAGGGGUGUGUGUGUGUGUGUGUGUGUGUCUGUGUGUUGAUUCUUAAAAGUUACUGUUUUGCUUUGUUUUUUAACUUUAUUCUGUUUUCUACCCCAGAUCACAGGAAGGUUAUAGAAAGCAACCACUCAAAGUUUAGUUAGCAUGAAUUUUGGUAAAUCACUUGUUGAGGGACUUUGCACUUAAAAGACAUAUCCCUUUCCUCCAAUGGUGCUGUUUUUAAAUUAGAAAACUUUGUAUUGGCUAUUUUCUUUUGAAGAACACAGUCAUUUCUUUGCUGGAUUCAUUGUGACCCCCAGAUUCAGUGAUGCUGAAGAUUUGUCUGAAAAAAGAUGGGAACAAGAAGUUUAUUACUUUGUAUUCAAACAGAAAUUCUUUUCAGGUAAAGGGAGAUUUGAUUAGUAUUAUCUGAUAUAUGUCACAGGGACUUCUACCUAAUGAAAGGUGCUUUGGUAUUCUCUAUAUUAAAUACUUUUUAUGUAGAUCAAUUAUUUUUGCAAGACUUUCUUUUAACCUGAAGUGCUUUAAAACAAAAUAUACAAAAUAUAUGCAUUUUAAUGUUAAUAAUGAAAGAUUAGCAAAGGUUCUAUAAGUCAAAAUAUUAGCACAGCUGGAUCAUUUGGGAUGGGAAUGCACAGAAAGGAUGCCUGUCCAUAUCCCAAAUACUUGAGCUGAUUAUUCACUAAUUUUUACUCUGUGUAACAUGUUUAGAAAUUUCCCUUGAGUCCAGUUGCAACAAAAAGGAGUCUUUCUUCACUUACAUAGUGGGGAUGAAGAUUCGGGCUGUACUUAAACUAGAUGGGAAAGUAAAAUCUUAUUGGUGGGGCCUUGUUGUAACAUACCUGGCUGUACCAGAAUGUGCCUGAUCUCUGUUCAAAUGGGAGUGGUAGUUGUUAAAUGGCCCCAUUGCUUCUCCCCAAAAUUACAUCUCUUGAGCUGUAGUCUAAGAAAACCGCUUCAAUGAGAGAUGAGGUGAAAUGAGCAUUCUUACUGCUGAUAGGGGUGUUAAUUGCUACAGUCCUCCUGAAGAGCAUUUUGUUAUUUUUUUCCAAAAAACUUCAUUAAAGGCCUUUGAUAUGCCAGG